AUGCGCUUUGAAGCAGUCGUUUUCGAACCGGCUGCGUUUUAUUGUUUUUUUUUUAAUACCUGAAGUUUCGCAAAAGAUCUAUUCUAAGAUGUCUUUUAAAGGUGGAGGUAAAGUUCAAAAGAUGAUGGUUCAGCCGAUCAACCUCAUCUUCAGGUAUCUGCAAAGUCGAGCAAGAGUUUCUGUCUGGUUAUACGAACAGGCGAACUCAAGAAUUGAGGGAUGCAUUGUUGGCUUUGAUGAAUACAUGAACAUAGUUCUAGAUAACUCCGAAGAGAUUCACUUAAAGACCAAGAAUCGAAAAGCUUUGGGGAGAAUUUUGUUGAAGGGUGAUAACGUCAGUUUAAUUCAUCAAGUUGGAGAUCAAUAA